GAAAUAGAUAUUGAAGGCCAACAAAUUCAUACCCUAGGAAAAUAUAUGAAGAAAGUACUGAAAAGUUAUGCAACAUUUUGGAAAACCCAGGCACAGUUAAAUCAAAAUAGUGGAAAGCUACGCACUUGGGGCAAGAAAAUGGCUACUAUCGUGUAAACAACAAAAAAAUGGUCCAUAAACAAUUUAAGGGAAAAUUCUCCAUGUACCCUCCCUCUUUGAAUAAUAUAGUUUUCUUUAUUUGUUUGUUUUCACUGUGUAGGUAAAUCAUCCAAUUUGGGGGACCUGUGCUUUAAAACCCAGUCUCUCUCCACUUGCUCCAAUCCAAUAUGGCGGCCCGAAGGGUUUGUAAAACACUCCUCGUUCUAUGUCCAAUAUCGUUCUUCCUUUUUACGUGCUACGUCUUAUUCUACUUCAGAGAGGAAGAAAAGAAGCAAACCAAUGAACGUGACAGCUCAUCAUGCCCUGCAAACUUUUACUUCGAAAGGGGCAAAUGUUUACCUUGUAGCAAAGAGGAUUUUAGUAUGCCUGGGUGGGUUUCAUGUACUAAGAGACUCGACUGUCACAGCAUAGCUCAAGACGUACGAAUCAGGAAAAGACUAAGUAACCAUGGCAGGCUGAAUGCAGUGAAGGAUAUAUAUCUUGCGGAUUGGCACGGUUAUACAGUCGUUUACUCGCGCUGUUCACACGAGAUGUAUGCGGACGAUUGUUUGCAUGGAUUGCGGAUGAUGGAAGGGUUGCAAGGGAGCCCGCAUGUCACUCAACUUAUAGGAGUAUGUUUCUCAAACCUAGAGAUGGUGACUGCAUAUUAUUCACAUGGCUCAGCAGAUAAACUUGAAACAUUACUUCAAAAGCCAAACAUGGGACAGUACAACACAACUAAGACUAGAUUCCAGUUGUCUCUAGAUUAUGUCAAAUCAUUAUUCUAUCUACACAAUAGUCCUCUAGGAACGAGGGUCAUGUGUGACACAAAUGACCUUGAAAAGACUUUAUCACAAUACUUGAUAACAGACGAUUUCCAUCUUGUUCUAAAUGACUUGGAUGCAUUGCCUGAAGUUGAGCACUCAAAAAAUAAAGAGAUUAAAUGUGGUCAUAGAGAAAUCCAAGGUGAUUUUGUAGCCCCAGAGCAGUUGUGGCCAUUUGAAGACAAAGACUUCAGAGAUGAGGCUAUGCCAGGAUAUGAUGAGAAAAUAGAUAUCUGGAAAAUACCUAGCGUUGUUGACAAACUCCUACCAUGGAAUGAACAAAACAAUCAAAUAAGACAAUUAUUGCUGCAAAUCCACAAAAAAUGUAAAUCAAGAGAUCCAAUACUGAGGCCGUCCGCUGCUGAGGUUCUAAAAGUUUACCUUAGUGUGAAUAGCAUUGUUGAAGAUCAGACAGAGGAAAAAAGAUAGCACAGGGACAUUGAGCAUUGUAAUAUCUACAGGCCCGUACCCAGGGGGGUAAGGGGUGUGAACGCAACCCCCACAACGGCCAAAGGUCCACUUUCGGUUCUCAAUAGACAUGCUAUUUGUAGACAAAAUUAUAAACUUUAAGCUAGAUCACUCAGGUAUGUAGCCAAAUCCAACAAAAACGCCCCGUGGAGAUACUGCAAAGACAUAAAAAAAAUCCCUAUUUGUUUUUUCGGGAGUGGUCAUUUUUGGUGGUGGAUUUUUACCAGAGAACUCAACCCCCCCCCCCCCCCCCCUUCCCCGGAAAAUUAGGUCCACUUUUUCAGAUUUCGCACCCCCAAAAGAAAAAUCCUGGGCACGGGCCUGUAUCUAUGAGGGGUUAAAAAAUAGUUGUUAGAAUUUACGUAUAAAAUAAAUUUAUAUUUUCUUUA